AUGGCGCUCGACCAGCCGCUGACACCGGGCGAGAUGCGCGAGGUGAACCGCAUCGAGAAACUCCUGACGGCGGAGGACCGUUUAUUUGGUAACUCCAAACCCAUCCAGAUCCUAAAGCGCAUCCUCCAGCAUCUGGCGAACCUGCCGCUGAUCAUCCGCCUGCAAGACCAAGAAGGAGACGCAGUUGACGGAGCCGAACCGCGACCACUCUGGACGGGACACUGCAAUCCGAACGACGAGGACGUCUCCACGGCAGGAGCAGAGUCGGCACGCAACCAGCGAACGGAACAGCGCGGUCGAAAGAGGCAGUACGACGAGGCAGCCUACAUCCAAGAACUGGUCAGAAAGUACACCGCUACCAGCAGCACUCAGCUCCUCAACAAGAUGACAGAGCAGGAGUUCACAACGCUCUACAACCUCACGCCGAACUUCAGAGACCACGUGAAGACCAUCAUCGCGUUCGAGAACGCACAGAGAAUCAAACGACGCCGCGGCAUGAAGUUCUGGCAAGUGUUUGAAGAAGAACUCGGCGAGUUCAACAUGGAUCAGCACACGAGCGAGGCCUACGUGUGGCUGCAAGACCUCUUCGAAGCCAAUAACAUCGAGAUAGCUGAGUUCCUGGCGUGGGCUGAAGUCAUCGGCGACCAGAAGCUGCAGAAGACCAACACGCUGCUGCUGCACGGUCCGACGUUUGUUGUUUGUUGA